AUAUAGAAAUGAAAACAGAUGACUUUAUGAAUAAUAAGAAGUCACAUGAAGUGCAGUUGAUGUCUGCACUGGUGGAUGGCAUUGCAAAGUAUAAUGGCUUAAAUCAGGUGAUUGACCUGGGAUCUGGAAAAGGCUACCUGAGCUCCUUCUUGUCAAUGCAAUGUAAUCUGAAGGUUUAUGGAAUUGAUUCUUCAAAUACAAACACCCACGGAGCAAAUGAAAGGAACAGGAAAUUGAAGAAACACUGGAGAGCCUAUCAAAGUCAGGGAAGAGCAAAUGUCAGAGGCCAAGUGUUGGAAAAGGAAAAAGAAAGACCGGAGCAAGAUAAAGAGAAAUGUAAAGCAAAUAUCAGUGAACAGCUCUUAAGUACUAAUAACAGUCUUCAAAGUCAGGCCCAGGUGGCUACUCCAGAUUCUAUUCUCUUUGAAACAGCUGAUGUUUUCACAGACUCCAAUACGUCUGUUACUAGCAAACAAUAUGUACUUUCCUCUGGGGCUCAGAUGCAGCUCGAUGAGAACAUUUCAGAAAAUGUGUUUCUAAAUAUUUUGCCUGCUGAUGCUGUGGAAACGGACAGUUCACCCAAAAGUAAAUGGAAGGAGCUCUGUGAGGAGGAGAAAGAACGAAGGAAGGUGGCAUCUCUUAAAGCCAAAGCGAGCAGGUUAAAGGAAGCUAACAUAUAUUCUCCGUUAACAUCCUAUAUCACCGCGGAAACAGAGCUAAGUGAUAUUGUUGCAGAUCUAGAGGACUGCGUAAUGGUGGGUCUGCACACCUGUGGUGAUCUUGCACCAAACACUCUCCGGAUAUUUACUGCUAAACCUGAGAUUAAGGCAGUUUGCAGUGUGGGCUGCUGUUAUCAUCUGCUGUCAGAGGAACAUGAAACUGAGAAAGGUGACAUUCAAGGAACCUGGGGUUUUCCCAUGUGCCAGUACUUGAAGGAAAAUGCUUCCUUCUGUGGUCGUAAUGCCAGAAUGGCAGCCUGUUUGGCUCUGGAACGAGUUGCAGUUGGCCAAGUGCUGCCUACAGAAUCAUUGUUUUAUCGAGCUGUCCUACAGGUUAUUAUAGAAGAAUUUUAUGGAGUCAACAGAAGUGAUCGAAAUAUUGGAAAAGUAUUUUCUAAAUCAUCUUCGUUUCUUGAUUAUGUUAGAAAAUCCUUAAAAAAGCUUGAACUUGAUGAGUCAAAGAUUUCAGACAGCCUCAUAAUGGAGUACUUUGGAAAAUACAAGCACAGAAUGAAUGAGCUGGAAGCUUUUAAUAUGUUGAAAGUUGUUCUGGGACCUUGUAUAGAGACGCUGAUACUUCUAGAUCGUCUGUGCUAUCUCACAGAACAGGACAGCCUUGCCUGGUCUGGACUGGUGAAGUUAUUUGAUCCCAUAAAAUCCCCCAGGUGCUAUGCAGUUGUGGCUAUGAAGAAACAGACAUUUCGGACACAGAAAAAUUGCUAG